AUGGGUAACAAUAUGACAGUGAAUUGGAGUGAAUAAUUAAAGCACUCAUUCGACUUGUAUGAAACCAAUUCUUAGCAUAAUGUUCUUGGAAAUAUUGAUAUUUAUUAAUAUAUACCAGACAAAAAAGUCAAAAUAUUUAGUAAAGUUGCUUAUGUCCCUGAUAAAGAGUAUUUCCUCUAAAAAACUAAAUUCAAGCAUCCAAAUUUGCUGAGGGCCUUGGCUCUAGAGAAAUGCUCAGGAUCAUGUAGUGGAGACAAAGAUUUAUACAAAGUCUAUUAUGAUUACCCAGGAAUUUAAACUUUGGAAGAGAUUAUUAAUAAAAAACAAAGUACUAAAAAGAUUACCGAAUAAACCAUUUGGAAAAUUAUAUUCUAAGUAGUUGAUUGUGCUGAAUAUUUACAAUCUCACUUUAAAACUAUUGGUAACAUCAAUCCUAAGUCUAUCUAUAGCUUAAAAGAUGGCAUCAAAAUAUUUGAAGUUAAUCACAUUUUUAAUAUUGAAUCCUCUUACGAAUAAGCACUCAAAAACUAAAUUGCCAUCUUGUCUCCAGAGCAAAUUGAUUAGCUGCGAAGAGAUAUCCUUAUUCCAUCAGUCAAUGGUUUCAAAAGUGAUGUUUAUGCAUUCGGAAUAGUCUUGUUAUGUUUGACUACAAUGAGCAAUUAUACUAAAUUUUACACUCCCAAUUAGGAGUUGGACAAGAAUCAGAUCUUUCAAAAUAUCCAACAGAUUAAAAUGCAAUAUUCUGAACUCUUAUGUGGUUUGAUUUAGAAGAUGCUCCUUGAGAAUCCUUCAGAAAGAUAAUCCUGGAUUGAUAUUAAAAGAUUCAUUGACCCAUUCAAGAUCUUAGAAGAAAAAGACUAACCAUUCUAUUCAGACCUGAAAUUGUGUCCUCAAGUCAUCAAUAAGAUAAAUAAUCCUACUGUUGAAUCAGUUUAAUUAAACACUCAAACUUCAUAAAAAUAGGUUCCAAUAGUAGUUGUUUCUCCUAAUACAACACCCAGAAUUACAUAAAGUUUUUAAUAAUUAACAGUGGUUCCAGCACCCACUAUUAAUUAAAUUUAUGCUCCUUCUAAUACGACAUAUCCAAAUCAACCAAUUUAAUAGAGUUUAGAAUUCAAAAACACUUCCAGUAGAUAAGCAACUAUUAUAAGUCCCCCUUUAAAUUAACCUUCCUAAAGAGGAGGAGCGUCGCGAAAUGACGCAUAAUAACCUCCUUUUCCUUAAAAUUAAAAAUCAUUUCAAAAACUUCCUAUGCCUCCUUAAUCAGUACCUUCUUAAUCGAGGCCUCCUUAAUCAAUGGCCCCCAAUUCAACAUAAGCGAAUACACUUUACAAUCCCUAUUCAGCAAGGCCAAUAUAAGGUUGA